AAUUUGAACCUGAAAAUGAUGAUUGUGAGCACCACACCUAAGACUGAGAGAAAGAAGUCAAGGAAGAACAAGGCAACAGUUAGUGAGAAUGCUCCCUUAUUGCCUAAGACUCAAGAGAGUGAUGCUGGUUUGAUGAUUUCAAUGGAGCUUCAUUCUCGGGAGCAGUUUUUCAACUUGUCAACAACAAUCAUUGGUGCUGGGAUCAUGGCCUUGCUUGCAACCUUAAGGGAGUUGGGGAUGUUGCCUGGCCUCGCCUUCAUAGUCUUCAUGGCUUUGUUGAUUGAGAAGUCAAUUGAGUUCUUGAUCAGGUUCACCAGGGCAGGAAAAGUUGUUUCCUAUGGUGGCCUCAUGGGGGAUUCAUUUGGGAAAUAUGGGAAAGCACUUGUGCAGCUAUGUGUCAUAAUCAAUAACAUUGGUGUGCUCAUUGUUUACAUGAUCAUAAUUGGUGAUGUGCUUUCUGGAACAUCUGCAAGUGGAGAACAUCAUUCUGGUAUCCUAGAAGGAUGGUUUAGUGCACACUGGUGAACUGGGAGGACAUUUAUUGUCCUAUUUACAACACUAGCUAUAUUUCUUCCACUGAAAAGCUUUAGGUGA